AUGUCGGACUUGCAACCAGAACCGACACCGAAUAACAAGGCUAUGGAAAAGAGAUCGGUGGUAUCCAGCUUUCUAUUCAAGCUCUGCGAUAGUCAGGCCCAUACCACCAAAGUCGCCUUGUUCCGACGGAGCAACAAGGUCCAUACCUACCAACACCAUCUCGCCCCAAUAUCCGGCAGUAUCGAUUCUCAGACUGAUGCGACACCGGUAGCGGCAGCAUGGAGAGAACUGAAGGAAGAGACUACUCUGACAUCACCAGCGGUCAAACUAUGGCGCAAGGGCAGAUCGUUCUCCUUCCAAGACGAAUCAGUUGGCAGAGAGUGGACUAUCUACCCAUUUGCGUUCCUACUCAAACCGCCGGCUGAAGGGGGGCCAGAAGCCGCAAAUAAGGUGGAAGAUUCUCAUAGUGAUGACGGCGACGGCAUUACGUUCGACUGGGAACACGAUUUUUACAAUUGGCACGAUCCGGACGAAGUACUAUCACGACUGGACCAGGACGGAGCUAAUGCGACGAUUUGUGGCCAGAAACUCGUACCGCGCAUUGCCGAUUCAUUGAGGAACGUUUACCCGGAAUAUCACCUUGGGUCUACAGCGGGGAGACGGCUAAGAGAAGGUCUGCAGCAGUUGCAGAAUGAUCACGAAAGCGGAGCAAGAGAGCUGGCCACCAUCGCUUUGAAUAUACUCAAAGAUAUCUUGAUGGAAGUGCGGCCGUCAAAGGCGAAAGAGAACGAAAACGAGGGCAAAUGGGACGCCUGGUGGAGGGAUGUACGGCUUAUAUCGUGGCAUCUUUGGACGAACGGUAGGGAGUCAAUGGGUGCGGCAAUCGGUAGUGCUUUGCUCUCUGUGCUUGCUGAUAUUGAGAAACUGUAUGAAGAGAGGGGCAGUGAAGACGAGAUCAUUCGGAUCGUUGACCGCUCAAUCCGGAAAAGAGAAGCAAUGACGACGAGGUUCUGUGAGGCGUUAGACUCGUACCUUCGGGACGAGGUAGUCGCGAAGGGAGGUAUCGAACGUGAGAAGAAGACCCUGCGGUUAAUGACAUUGUCAGCAAGUUCUACAAUCAGGGAGUCCAUCCUACACUUUCUCAGGAAAAAUGCUCGGGACAUCUCCUUUGAGACGCUAGAUGUGCGUGUCCUAGAAUCAAGGCCUCUGUACGAAGGCGUGUCUCUUGCAUCGACCCUAUCAUCGUCAUUUCAGUCGACGGAUGAUGACUCGACCGGGCCCAAAAUCAGAGUAACCCUAUUCACAGACAACUCAGCAGCCCUCGCGGCUAGAGAUGUCGAUGUGUUAUUGAUAGGCGCCGACCGUAUCGCAGGGUCGAAUGGGGCUGUGAGUAACAAAACAGGCAGCUUGCCUGCGAUACUUGCAGCAAAACACGUCUCGCCACAGGUCAGGGUGCUUGUCGUUAGCGAAUUAGACAAAGUCGCCCAAGCCGAGGCUAUUGAGAGCCACCCUGAAGAAGACAAUGAUGCGGAGGAAGUGGUGCGUGCGUGGAGAUUGGCUGGGGUAAAGGGUGCUGACGUAAUUGACGGCGUGACAAUCAAGAACGUCUACUUUGAAUGGGUGCCAGCAGAGUUGAUCGAUGCUUACAUCACAGACGAGGGAGUCAAGGGUGUUGCUGGUAUAUGUGAGCGAUCCACUUGGGUCAGCCAACAAGUCCAUAGGUUUUUUGAUAAGCUGUGAUUUCCGCGCAAGUUGCAAGUGGCCUGAUAUAGGGACAGCGCAGUACCUAUACAUUGCGUGAGGUCAACAUAGUCGUUGUAACACUGUUUGUUUAGCUAUGUUUACCUAAUAUGCCCUAGAGGAAAGAUGGCCAUAUUAAGCGAGAUUAUCAAGUGGCGAAUUGCAAGAGCGUGACAGACAGCUCGUUACCCUAAUAUUAUUCGAUAUACAAGCCAGGGGGUUGGCGCACCAGUGCCAAUCAGGGAUCCAAGAGAGGUCAUGAGACUUACUUCACAACGCAGAUUGUUUCGAAAUUAGGC